GAUCUCAAAAUACAGUAAGCCCUCCCUCUGGCCGCCAUUGUAUUUUAGAGGCGGAGCUAGGUAUCUAAAAUUCAUCUCAAACAUCGAAUGGAAAUUACGUGGUUAUUCAUUUAAAUCGAGGAAAAAAGAAGAUAUGUUUUAUCAUAUUUCUUUGGAGCAUGAGAUCUUGCUCCACCCACGCUAUUUUGGCCCAAACCUGCUGAACACUGUCAAACAGAAGCUUUUCACAGAAGUGGAGGGGACAUGCACAGGAAAGUAUGGCUUUGUCAUUGCCGUGACAACCAUUGACAACAUCGGGGCAGGGGUCAUCCAGCCAGGCAGGGGAUUUGUCCUUUACCCUGUCAAGUACAAGGCCAUCGUCUUCCGGCCAUUCAAAGGGGAAGUUGUGGAUGCAGUUGUUACUCAAGUCAACAAGGUUGGACUUUUCACAGAAAUUGGUCCUAUGUCUUGUUUCAUCUCUCGUCAUUCAAUUCCAUCAGAAAUGGAGUUUGAUCCAAACUCCAAUCCUCCUUGUUAUAAGACUGUGGAUGAGGACAUUGUAAUCCAACAGGAUGAUGAAAUUCGCUUGAAGAUAGUGGGAACCAGAGUGGACAAGAAUGACAUUUUUGCUAUUGGGUCUCUUAUGGAUGAUUAUCUGGGUCUGGUCAGCUGAUUUUUAUUUUUUAUGAAGAUACUGAGCCAUUUAUAUUUUUAUAAACUACUCAAUGUAUAUGCUGAGAAUUUAGGCUGGUUUUUAUUUGUUCCUUCUCAGUUGUCACGUAUGUGUCGGAAGGUUCACCCCCACCCUCCCACUCUCUUGUGGCCAUAUAGCUCAAAGUGUGCUAAGUCCACUUGUGAAGUCCGAUUUAGUAUUUCAUUUGUUUUUCUAUCCAGGUUCAUAUCAGCCAAUGUUUACUAUAUGAUUAGUUUUAUACACAUGUCAUUAUGGAUGUUCCUUAAAUUGCCAUAGGCAAGCACUGAAGCUGUUUCUCAGUGUCUGUGUAGAAUUAGUACUACAUGCAUGAUCUGAGCAUUUAAAACAGUAAGUUGGAACUAGUCACUAGUCACUGUUUUGAUGGGUUUGUAGUUUGGGGCUUUUAGGCUGUAUCCUUCCAGAGGCACCCUCUGCAUUGCUAGAUGAUAGAGACUAAUAGCCUCUGUGAGCUUCAUUGAUGCUUUGGGAAUAAUUUUCAAUAACAACGUGAACACCACCUGGAAUAAAGCCUGGAAUCUGCUUUC